AUGGCGGAUAACGAGUCGCCCACAGGCUCCCCGGCCAGGGAAGACCCUCCUGUCGACGAUGGACAGGAGAAGGAAUUUGUGGACGAGGUCGCAGCUGCCAAUUCUGACAAGGACUCAGACCUGCUGUCCGAGGUCGACGAAGACCAGUUUGAAGACUACGAUCCCGAGACCGCCAACAUCGAAGACCGCCCUGUCGAUAUUGACGAAGAUGUUGCCCGUACGCUCAAGGUGUCGAAACGAAAGCGCAUAGAGGGACAGCCCAAGAAGCCGCGCGAGGGUCGUCGCGAAAAGAAGCGUCGCGACCGCGAUGAGGAUGUGGCGAUGGAGGAAGAAUCCGAUGGGGAUCAGGAGCGUAAACCCCGACGUCGCAGGGCCGCUGCCGAGAGCGAGCGGGCUCCUCGGGCUGCACGAACCAAGGCAUCGCCAGAACCGGAGAAUGAGGAGAAUCUCACACCGGAAGAGCGAAGAAAGCGUGCGAUUGAUAGGGCUCUCGAUGCGGCCAUAAAGAAGGGGGGUUCGAAUACGACGAGACGGCGCAAGAAGGAUGAAAUUGAUCUGGAAGACGAAAUCGACGAGCAGCUGGCCGAUCUCAAAGUGCAGAUGGAGAGAGCCUGUUUGGCCGACAACGAAGCUCGACGUAUGAGCCAGCCUGCGCUACACAAGCUGAAAUUGCUGCCGCAAGUAAAUGCGAUUUUGAAUCGCAACAACGUGCAGCACGCGGUGCUAGACCCUGACACCAACUUCUUGCUGCACGUCAAGUACUUUUUGGAGCCGCUGAGCGACGGGUCGCUACCAGCAUACAAUAUCCAGCGUGAUCUGUUUACAGCACUGACCAAACUCAAUAUUGAAAAAGAGUCGCUCCGCAGUAGCGGUAUUGGCAAGAUUGUAUUAUUUUACACCAAGAGCAAGAAGCCGGAGCCGAGUAUCAAGCGGAUGGCAGAGAGGUUGCUGGGAGAAUGGAGCCGACCUAUUCUCAAGAGGACUGAUGACUACAAGAAGCGUCACGUCGAGACGCGCGAGUUUGACUACCAUGCGGCCAAGCUGCAGCAGCGCCAAAAGGCUGGCACGCAGUUCAAUCUCACUCAGCGUCCGGCGCAGUCGGCGGCCGAGGUGGAGAGGGAGAGGCUGCUGGCGCCUGCCCGGGCCAGCAACGAGGCUCGCAUGGCCAGCCUGCCGUCGAGCUACACAAUUGCGCCGAUGAGCACCUUUGAUGGCAACCGGGCCAACGACCACCGACCUCUGGGCGCGAGCGGCAUGGAGGCGUUCCGCAAGAUGACGCAAAAGACUGUCACCACAUCAAGAUCGCGACUCGACUUGGCUCUUCUUCCUUUAUGCAACAUUUUUUCGCUCAUCACGCAAGAUAGAGCUUUCGACUUUCUGAGCACUGUAUUUACGAAACGCGAUCCUGCCGACUUGCAUCCCGAUCGACGACAAAGUGUUUUCGCAUUCCGCUGA